GAGCAUUGUCGUGCCACAGUUGUUCCAUUAAAUGACGAAGAGUUGGCAGCAGCUGAUGUCGAGAUGGCAGAAGAUACCAGAAAGCUCAAAAGUUGUGGAUUCAGGGCGGCCAAGGCCAUGAUGCCGCCGAAGGACCCAGACCCAUAUUGGAUUACGACGAUCCCGACCUGGGCCCGCCCUCUCGAGCCAGCUUGCCCGCCAGCAGCACCAGCUGACGAAGACUGCCUUGGUCACCAGCAGACAGUGUACCCCUCGACAGUGGACAGACCGACUACGUGGCACUGUAACCUGGUACUCCACCUCUUCAGUGGCCACAGGAGACCCAAUGACAUCCAGGAUCACCUGGAGAAGCUAGCAGCAGAAUGGUCAGUCCCCUUGAUGGUGCUCUCCCUGGACGUGCAGAACAAUGCGGACAGAGGGGACAUGUCCAAGAAUGACAACCUUAUGUUCUGGAAGGCAGCCAUGCUGGCAGGGCAUGUGUGCGCGGUGGUAGGAGGACCGCCCUGCGAGACCUGGUGCCCGGCCAGAUGGCUGGAUGAUGGCAGGGGGGGCAGACAGCCGAGACCCCUCAGGACGAGGAGCAGGCCUUGGGGCAUCGGCAGCGUGACCCAGAAGGAGAGGCAGCAGAUCGACCUGGGCAACGCGUUGCUCCGCUCCUGCCUCCUGCUGCUCCUGAUCGGCCGCCCGCUGGGCAUCACAGGGCUGAUGGAGCAUCCAGCCCCAGCACCCUGGAGGCCACAGAGCAUCUCCUCCUGGGAGACACCCGAGAUCUCCUGGGCGCUCGAGCUCCCGGGGGUGGACUACGUGCAGGUGGACCAGUGCGCGUACGGCGCGCGGUCGAGGAAGCCGACGGGGCUCCUGGCGGUGAACGCCCCCGAGCUCCGCCUCGCAGUGGACGCGGACCCCCAGGGCGGCCGCUGCCGGCAUGAGGGGGGCCACCCAGCGGCAGCGGGCCGUGACGAGAACGGCCGCUGGCGCACCGCUGAGCUGAAAAGCUAUCCGCCGGCCUUUUCGCUUUUGCUCGCCAAAGUGCUCUUGGGGCACCAGGUGUCGAGGCUCAGCCGGGCCUGGGUUCCCUGGGGAAAUGACCUGGGGACCUCGGCUUUCCAGGAUUUCUUUGUCCCACUCGACCCAUAUUUCAAUUUCCAGGCGGGUCACGACUGUUACCGUCAUGUCUAGUGCUCGUUGUCCUCCGUCGACACGACGUCGACGCUGUCCUAGAGUCGCCAGCAGUGCACGCCCACUCCCUCCUCCUCGG